AUGACGUCAGCGCGGCGCAGUCGCGGCCGUGACGCGCUGGCCGGGCCGGGCCGGGCCUGGACAGCGGGCGGCGGGCGGCGCGGGCCUGGCCCCGGGAUGGCGAUGUUCCGCAGCCUGGUGGCCUCGGCUCAGCAGCGGCAGCCGCCGGCCGGGCCCGCGGGCGGCGACAGCGGCCUGGAGGCGCAGUACACCUGCCCCAUCUGCCUGGAGGUCUAUCACCGGCCCGUGGCCAUCGGCAGCUGCGGUCACACGUUCUGCGGAGAGUGCCUCCAACCAUGCCUGCAGGUGCCAUCCCCUCUGUGCCCACUCUGCCGCCUGCCCUUCGACCCCAAGAAGGUGGACAAGGCCACCCACGUGGAGAAGCAGCUCUCAUCCUACAAAGCGCCCUGUCGAGGCUGCAACAAAAAGGUGACCCUGGCAAAGAUGAGAGUGCACAUUUCCUCCUGCCUGAAGGUCCAGGAGCAGAUGGCCAACUGCCCCAAGUUCGCCCCCGUGGUGCCCACGUCCCAGCCCAUCCCCAGCAACAUCCCCAACAGGUCCACCUUCGCCUGUCCAUACUGCGGCGCCCGCAACCUGGACCAGCAGGAGCUGGUGAAGCACUGUGUGGAAAGCCACCGCAGCGACCCCAACCGCGUGGUGUGCCCCAUCUGCUCGGCGAUGCCCUGGGGGGACCCCAGCUACAAGAGCGCCAACUUCCUGCAGCACCUGCUGCACCGGCACAAGUUCUCCUACGACACCUUCGUGGACUACAGCAUUGACGAGGAGGCUGCCUUCCAGGCCGCCCUGGCCCUCUCUCUCUCUGAGAACUGAAGGGGGCAGCGGCACAGCCACCUGCCCCUGUCGGGGUCAGGGAUGCCCUGCUCCAGGGACAGGGCUGGGCUCCUGUGUCGCACCUGGCAUCUCCUCGGAAACAUGCCUCACCGGCCCGGGAGGAGCGUGCACCUGUGCAGGAGGGGAGCCGGGGACGAGCCUCCAGGCCUGGAGCCGGGCCAGCCACCUAGGCCGCCAGGGCAGGGCCGCCUGGUCCCGCCGGGGUCGCUGGGAUAUUCGGUGCUUCUGGCCAAGCAGGCGGCCUCCUUGGGCAGGGCUGGCCACUGGGACCUGGAGCAGCCGCUGUCUCUUCAAAGCCAUGAUGCCCCCGCGUGGGAAGGAGGGACCAGUGGCGUCUGAGCUGCACUCUGCAGUCGAGCUGGGAGGAACCCCAGCGGCCGCGCUGCCCGCCCAGCCCGCCUGGCCCCGCCCCGCUUCCACCUUGGCACUCGGUACUGGCUUUUGUGACACUUAGGAAUCCUGGCAUCUUUUCUAUACGAUCCAGUGUGAUCACCUUUUCACAUUUUUUAGCGCAAAGACACAGCGGUUACUCUUCAUACUGCAGUAUCUGUGUUUGACUAGGAAUAACAGUAUUUUUAUGGAACAUUUACAAAAUUAUAUUUUUAAAAAAAACAAAACAAGCAUUGUGGGAUUGGGGCAAGGAGGAAAGGAGCAGCGGGGCCUGCCUGGGCCACCCACUCUGUGUCUGGGUCCUUGAGGUUUGUGAGUUUCUCUUUGAUAACCAGGAAGAAAUCCCAGCACCCCAGGCACACCCCAGGAGAGGCAGGGCCGGCAGAGCAGGGGCCCCCUCCUGACCUCAGCCCACCAUCACCCUCAAGGCUGACGGUGCCCGCUGCCGGAGGAGACUUCGCCCUGGCUGUGCGGUGCAGCGCUUCGGGGCCUGGGCAGGGGCCCGCGUGGCAGGCCGGGCAACGCGUCAGCACUCUUUUCUGUUCUUGGCAUUAAUUGUUGCUGUCUUUUUUUAAAAAAAAAGUUUAAAUAAAAUGUCUCAGA